AUGGCCGGGCCAGGGUUUCGGGGCCACCCCGCCGGACCUCUCCUGCUGCUGCUGCUGCUGCCCCCAGCCCUGACGGAAGGACCCCUGGUCUUCGUGGCGGUGGUGUUCCGCCAUGGCGACCGGGCCCCGCUGGCCUCCUACCCCACUGACCCGCACAAGGAGGUUGCAUCCACCCUGUGGCCACGUGGCCUGGGCCAGCUGACCGAGGAGGGGGUCCGCCAGCAGCUGGAGCUGGGCCGCUUCCUGAGGAGCCGCUACGAGGACUUUCUGAGCCCCGAGUACCGGCGGGAAGAGGUGUACAUUCGCAGCACAGACUUUGACCGGACACUGGAGAGUGCUCAGGCCAACCUGGCGGGGCUCUUCCCUGAGGCCGCCCCAGGGCGCUCCGAGGCUGCCUGGAGGCCCAUCCCUGUGCACACUGUGCCGGUCACUGAGGACAAGCUGCUGAGGUUCCCUACGCGCAGCUGUCCCCGAUACCGUGAGCUGCUGAGGGAGGCCACGGAGGCCGCUGAGUACCAGACCGCCCUGGAGGGCUGGACGGACUUCUUGACUCGCCUGGAGAACUUCACGGGGCUGUCGCUGGUCGGGGAGCCGCUGCGCAAGGCGUGGAAGGUCCUGGACACUCUGAUUUGCCAGCAAGCCCAUGGUCUUUCCCUCCCAUCCUGGGCCUCCCCAGAUGUCCUGCAGACACUAGCUCAGAUCUCGGCUCUGGAUAUCGGAGCUCACGUGGGACCACCCCAGGCAGCGGAGAAGGCCCAGCUCAGUGGGGGAAUCCUGCUAGAUGCCAUCCUGGCUAACUUCUCCCGGGUGCAGCGCUUGGGGCUGCCACUCAAGAUGGUUAUGUAUUCCGCUCACGACAGCACUCUCCUGGCCCUCCAGGGGGCCCUGGGUCUGUACGACGGGCACACACCGCCUUACGCCGCCUGCCUCGGCUUUGAGUUCCGGCGGCGCUUGGCCGACGCGGACCGCGACGACGCAGACGGCGACCACCCAGGGAACGUCACCGUCUCCCUCUUCUACCGCAACGACUCUGCUGGCCUGCCCUUGACUCUCCGCCUCCCCGGGUGCCCAGCCCCCUGCCCACUAAGCCGAUUCCGCCAGCUGACGGCCCCCGCCCGGCCUCCGGCUCACGGGAUCCCCUGCCACGGCUCCCACGAGCCCGCCACCCCCGCAGCCACCGUGGUGCCCCUGUUGGCUGGGGCUGUGGCCGUGCUGGCGGCCCUCAGCAUGGGGCUGGGCCUGCUGGCCUGGAGACCUGGCUGCUUGCGGGCCUGGGGGGGCCCCGUGUGAGCCAGGAAACCGGGCACCCCUUCCCCCACAACUGAACCUGGAUCCCAACACAUCUGCUCACCAGCUCCUCUGGCUUCUGUGACUUACUGUGCGCGCUGGGGGAAUGCGGGGGCGGGCUCCCAGGCCUGGAAGCCACACGUGGCCCUGUGGAUGAGGGUGGGCUGAAGGGUGCAUGGGUCUGUGUGCAGGUGCACGCGGACGGCUGUCCAUGCGUGCGCUCCUGCAUGAAUCAUGUAGUGCUUGUGUAUAUACAUACUUGACGCUCAUGUGCAGACUUCUGUGGUCCUGUGCUUCUGUGGGUAAUACCUGUAUGGGUGUUUAUGUGCAGGUUUCUGUACAUGCCUCAGAGCAGCGGGUGUGCGUGUGGAAACCCGUUUCUAGGUGUCAUCACCUGUGCUCUGGGGGAAGGCCCCCACUGUGGGGAGCGCUGAUUCAAAGCCUGGGCCCAAAGCCUGGGCCCACUGCCAGCCUGCUGGGACUGGUCCGGAGGCCAUGACUCUGGGUUAACUGGUCUCUGCCCCCACCUGUGAUGGUUGGGUGGCAUCACCGACUCCAUGGACAUGAGUUUGAGCA